AGUAAAGAAUUGGAUAAUAGAUACCGUAGAGCAUCUCAUCUAUUUCUUGCAACUUCUGUCUUUUCUGCUCUUUUAAUUUUAGUUUUUGAAUGUUAUAUUUAUGCUGUUAUUAACAUCCAUAAAAAAAAAUUCAAUUCUAAAGAAAGAUAUGCAGAAAUUCUGAUUUAUUUAUCACUUUUCAUUUUUGCAGCAUUUUAUCAAGUUCUUCUUACUAUCAUUGGUUUAAAAACCAAAAAUAUGUUGUUAUUAGCAAUGCUUUGUAUAUUUUAUGGUUGUAUGUUAAUUUAUACUGGUAUUCAAUUUGAAGAAGUUGGAUUUUCCAUUAGUAAUGGAUUAUCACCAUCUUGGCAACAAUCAACCCGUGGUACUAAUAUAGCAACAAUUGUUGUUAUUGCUCUUACUUUAGUAAGUCAAGUUUAUAUGAUAUUUGGAGUUCUUCGUAAAAAUGUUAAAUGGUUUCGUUAUAAAAAAAUUGGUGGUGAUUUACAUAUUAAAAAGAUGUAUACAAUUUUCCAAAUUCAUCGGGCGUUACUUAUUUUUGAUUUUUUCUUUUUCAUUGGGUUUACCGUUCAAUUUAUUGUCAUUAUGAUUGCAAAUAAAAAAUCCCUUGAAUUUAUUUUAACAGUUUGUGUUUUACCUUUAACCAUUCUUGUUUUAUUUGCCAGUGAUUUUGCUACUACUCGUGAAAUUAAACUGUUAACCAUUUGUACCAUUUCAUUAUUUUUAAUGAGUUGUGCAUACGUCUUAUUUAAAAUUAUAAGACUUUAUACCAAGUACUCAUCUGCUUAUAAUAUUGGGGUUACUCCAGGUUCCUACUUCCCAGGUCGUAAAUCCUUGGUUACUUUUGGUAUUAUAACUUUAAUAUUAUUACUUUUAACUGUUACAAUUGAAUGUAUCAUGUUGAAAAAUUAUAAUCAUGGAUUAUUACCAUUGGUUAGCACUUAUUAUAGUAAAAUGCCUUUUCAUAAU